UCAGCCGUGCACGACAUGUUGGAUUCGAAGCUCGCGGCGGCGCGAGCGAAGGGUCUGUCCGCGAAGGGGGUCAAGCGACUGCGGGAGAUCCUGCUGCGACGCCAGGAUAGUUUUCGUCUGGAGUUUGGGAGCGACCCGCCGGUGAAAGUGGCGCCGCUGCAAGUGCGCGUGAAGGUCAACGCGCAGCCCACGAAGGCACAGCCAAGGCGCUACUCACCGGACGACAGGGCGUUUCUUGACCGCCACACGGCCAAGUUGCUGGAGUUCGGGCUGGUGUUUCUGAACCAUCGCUCCCGUUGGGCGUCUGCGCCGCGGAUUGUCCGC